UGAAGUCAUGUUUUCGAAACUUUCAAGAUGGCGACACUACUGAGAGCACUGAGCAGACAAAACCUGCUGAGUCUGCGAUUGCUGGGCAUCAACAGUAGGAUGUCCAUGACGUCAUCGCGAGGAUACGAGGAAAUGAAACAAUACUGGGAGAAAAACAGAGCCCUGAGUCGUCCACUGUCUCCCUUCCUCACAUACAAACCGCACCUCGUGAUGAGUAUGUCUCUCACACACCGCAUCACUGGAGUGUAUCUGACUGUAGUUGUGUCCGGGGUCUCUGUCCUGAUGCUGUGUCUCCCAGAGAGCUAUCCCUACUAUCUACAGAUGAUCAAGGAUUUGUCCCUGGGGCCAGCUAUCCUCACCGGGAUGAAGUACUCGCUAGCUCUGCCUGUCGCAUACCACUUUCUGAACGGAAUCAGGCAUUUGGCUUGGGAUGCCGGUUAUGGAUUUGGAAAGAAAGACAUGUAUACCUCUGGAUACCUCGUCUUAGCGCUGUCUCUCGCUAUAUCAUCCAUGAUGGUGUUUAUGCUUUGAUGUUGGCAUUCCACGGCCUUCAGGCCUUCGUGACCAGUUGUCACUUAUUUAGGUUACGUUAGUUCAACCACAAGGAUGUUGCGACAAGCAGAACCAGGCAUGAGCAAGAAUGGAAAGACUGCAUGUAUUCAAACUGAAAACAUUCACAAAUACCAUUCGUAUUUAGUAACUGUCGUAAACAGAAUACAAUAUGGUGACGCAU